UAUUUUUCUUACAGCCUGGAUGGGAGCGCUAUGUCUCUGCAUGUCAUUCAUCACUUCUCCACUCGUAGUUGCAAUUUGCAGACGAAAAUCAGCUCGCCUGGCAGCGUUCUUGGGUGGUCUAGUUAUAUCACUGGCUUGUUUGUUUACAUCGUUCGCCGUACAGUUUCAUCAGGCACUUCUUAGUUAUGGACUGGUUCUCGGAAUUGGAGCAGGUAUCGUAAGAGAAACGUCGACAAUAGUUCUGAGUCACUAUUUCAAAAGAAGAAGAGAAUUCGUCGAAAUGGUCGCGCAAUCAGGAGCAGGCGUUGGAAUCGCUUUAUUCUCUGUACUCUACAAAGAAGCCAUUGGGAAACUUGGCUGGCGCCUCGGUCUCCAAGGCGUAACCGGACUUCUAGCCUUAGCAUUUUUUCUCCCCAUAGUCUACCGGUCGGCCAAUUUGUACCACCCUCAAAGAAGAGCAAUAACUCACUUAAAAAACCAAAGAAAAAAAAUGAAAGAGAAAAAGUCGCACACCAAAGUUCCUAAGCCCCCAAUGUUCGACUUCAGCCCGUUGAAAAGUAAGGGCCUGAGAGUACUUAUGAUAGCCUGUGCCUUUGCAGCAUUAGGAAUUUACGCUCCUAUUUUUUAUUUGGUUUACCAAGGCUACAAAGAAGGUCUGGAAGACAGUGGAUUAGUGGUUCUACAAACUUUCAUGGGUUUUGCAUCUGCUUUAGGAUGCGUCGGAUUUGGCUUGGUCAUCAUCAAGCCCAGUACACAGUGUCUUAUAUCCAGACAGUAUCUAUGCCAAGCAGCAAUGGUUGGAAUGGGUAUUUCACUUCUAGCUCUGACCGUUGUCCAAGGCUACCACGGCUACGUACUAUUCGUGUGGCUAUACGGAAUUUGUCUCGGAGGCUACAACUAUGCCUUGAAGAUGUUUACUUUGGAGCGAAUCAAGGGAAGACAUUUUACGAAAGCCUGGAGUUUUAUUCAGGGUGCCAAAGCUAUCCCGGUUUUAGUGGGGAUUCCCAUUACUGGUUAUAUCAACCAAACGUAUCCUAAAGCUGGAUAUUAUUUUAGUUUCGUUACUACUAUUAUUGGAGCAAGUCUAAUGUUCCUCGUCGGUACCCGCAAAGAACACCAACCGAUCCUAAACAGCAAUUCAAUGAAUUGUAACCUCAACAACUGCACCAUAGCGAACAUUAACGACUGCAUAUGCAGCUUAGGACCGUACAACCCCGUUUACACCCCCGAUAUACCACCCUACAAUUUCUACAGACCGAGCAACAACCACUACGAACGGAUAUUCCCGACAUGUACCGAGCAUUGCGACAAAAACUCUUUACAUCGACAUUCGUUUCGGCAUAGAAGGGAACCUCAUCAUCAGUAUCUUCCGAAAAGUUUGUCGUACGCUGCUAAUAUAAACCAUUCACCGUAUUAUACUCCGAACACUUAUAGACAGGAUUGUAUUAGGUACGCCAGCCUUCCUAGGGCGAAAAAGGGUGUUUUGAGGCCCAGUAAAAGCGUUCCGGAAGGUCUGGCGCGUUGGGAGUACUGUAGGGGUUAUAGAAGACCAAUUGUUAGAAAUAUACAGGUUAUAGAGCAAAUUACUACGUCGGUGUGAAAGUUUCGUUUAUUUAGUAUAUUUUGGUUUGAGAAUGGUAGUUGUGACUCAUAUUAUACCACUUACUUUCCUUUAGUAAUACAUUUUUGAUUGUCAGAUUAACAACUGUAUUCAGAAAGUAUUUUUAAAGAGUUACCUAUAUGUAAAACCUUAAAGAUUGAAAUGUCAAUAUCAGUUCAGAGAAAAAGUAGAGUUGGAUGAUGGCGUUAUUUUUAACACAGUUUGAACCGUUACUGUGAUUAGUAAAAUUUAAAUAAAUGAGGUUAUGUUCCAUCAAACUAUUUACAAAUUAAAUAUUUGGAAGUAAUACAAUAAGAGCUCAGAUUUAGUCGGAUAUAUUUAUGGAUAUUUCUGAGUACUUACUUCUGAGAGCUCUUCUGAUUUUGUCAAAGAGAUGUAGUUUAACUACCCAGUUACUGCAGCGGCAGCCAGUUGGCGAACAAGAUUUAACGAUAAAAUAUGUCAACAAUACUCCUACGAUAAUUCAAACAAACUAGUAAAUCCGG